GGAGCAUGGUGCGGGCUACGCCUGCGAGUCCACCAGCGUGGCAGGGGUAGAGGCUGAGGAGGUGGAGGAGGUCGAGGAGGAGGUGGGGCGCCCGGGCACGUCUGGGGCGUCUUCGCGGUACGAUGGCACGGUCGCGAUCGACGUGGACUCCCUGUCGAUCGAUGGCAAGAAGGUGGCGCUGUCGCACACCCGCGACCCAGUCAAGAUCCCCUUCAAGGGGUACGGUGCGGACUGCGCCUGCGAGUCCACCAGCGUGUUCCUCCCCAACGAAGAGGCCCCGCCGCACCUCAAGGCGGGCGCGAAGCUGCAGAAGGAGAGGCCCCCUGAAAAGAUCCGCGCCGAGAUCCAGCGGCGCUCCGAGGGCGACAUGAAGGGAACCCUGGGCUCUGCGACGUGCCCCAUCUCCAGCACCUUCGAGUUGCAGGCGGGCAUCGUGCUGGACUCAACGUUCAUGAAGCACGUUGAGGAUAAGGGCGAGGAGGACGAGGAGGACGAGGCUGAGGGGCAGAUCGAGGAAGAGGCGGCGCGGUCCUCACCCUCCUCAUCUCAUCAGGCGCUCUUAAGCCAAAAUGGCUACAGAGCCUCCUCCUACUCCCACGCCUACUUCUUCUCCCCC